AUGGAAGCGAGAUAUUCGAGGGAACGUCGUGAAAUCGAAGAAGACAAUUACGAUGACGUGUUAGCUGAUGAAGCAAACGAAGACGCUCAAAAUGACGCCCAAAACGACCCCCAGAACGACGGCGAAGACAACGACUCAGAUGACGAUGAGGUUAUAAACGCUGUUAUUGUCACGCAGCCAACAACCUACAACGUGUCAAGUGGACAAGACAUAAGACUGGAGUGUAAAAUUGCACCACCUGAUGGUGGAGUCGUUCAAUGGUCCAAAAACGGUACACACUACUUCCUAGGAACACAGAAAAAUUUUCAACAAAACUUGACUUUAUACAUCGAUGACAGGUUUUCUAUCCCCGCAAAUUCCACAGAUCUGUUGAUAAGAGAUGUGAAGCUGUCCGACAGCGGCAGCUACAUGUGCGAACUAUUGCAGACUACGAGCAAAUCAAUCGAACACAACUUAGUCAUCUCCGAAUCACCCAAAGUUAUCAGGUUCACAGCUAGCAAUAAUGGUCAAGUCGUGGAAGGAUCAGACUUAUUGCUGACUUGCGAGGUUUCCGGUUCACCUCCCCCGCAGAUCAUCUGGUCGAGAGACGAAAACGGGAACAAGCGUCUGACAGAAGAGGAUGGUGAAUUUUUGAAGAACACCGUCUUCAUUAAAAAUGUGAAACGCCAACAUUCCGGUAAAUACUACUGCUACGCUUUCAACGGAGUCGGUUCAAACCAGGCUGAGGUCUACAUUCAAGUGAAGGGCAAGCCCCGCGUCCACGUACACAGGACAGUCGUGAACUCCGCUAUUAACGUCGAAGCCGUGCUGCAGUGCGCUGUUCAUGACGAUCUCGCUUCCUACAUCCGUUGGUACAAAGACGGUCAACGUAUCGAAGAUUCAUCUCGUCAGUACAGCAUCAGCACUAGAGGUCAACACUCCAACCUCACCGUUAUUCCUAGUAGCGAUGCAGAUUUUGGUACUUUCACAUGUGAGGCUGAAAACGAAUUAGGCUCGCACAACAGAUCCAUCGACUUGGUCCAGAGCCCAGUGGUCGAAGAACUCCAAGUAGACGGACCGAGGAUCUCAUGGACCAUUCACUCGCACCAGCCCGUCGAACAGAUCGAAAUUCAGCUUAAAGAUAUGUCUGAGGACGGCGAAUGGAGAACGCUGAGUAUCCCAGUGCCAGAGGGAAAGAAUCACGAAUAUGACGUUGUAUACUCUCUCGACAAUCAGCUGCAGAGCGGAAAGUACGAAGCUAAAGUCAAAGUCAAGAAUGAAAAGAGCUGGAGCGUACACACUGAUAGCGCUUACGUUGAAAUAGAAGCUCAACCGCAGUACAUUCAACACGCUUCAAUAUACCGGGGCAGUGCGCAUUCCAUCUCGUCGUCAUCUCUAAUACUCGCAGCAUCCAUCAUGUACCUUCUCGUGCGAAUGUAAACAAACAGACUAGACUAAUUAUUUAUUACUAGUAAAAAAUAAGACAAGUAUAUA